AUGAUUAAUCCGCAUGCUGUUGAAGGAAGUAGCACAGAAAAUAUUGAGUUACGAGUACGAAAUGCCAUUAAGAAUAACGGGGAAAAUCGGAAUCGAUGGGACAAAUCAAAAAGCUUUGAUAAGGUAGUUAUUAUUGAGAAGAAGCUGAAACCAGGAGACAAUUUGAAUAAAAUAGCCAUACAGUACUCAGUUUCGGUAAUCCUAAACGAUUUGAAAAGAGCCAACAACAUCGUUUCUGAACAAGAUAUUUAUGCCUUACCGUUUAUCAAAAUUCCGGUGAGCAAAUUGCGAAAAGAAUUGGAUCUGGAACAUGGAAAGAUUUUGAUGAGACAAAACAGUCCCGACGUUCUUCCAGAAGACCUGGCUGAUGACAGACCUCUUUUAAGUCGAAGUGAUUCAUCGGAUAAAAGUGUCGAGGAGUUGUUCGUCAAAACUGAUGCAUAUAUAGCUCAAGCACGAAAUAAUUUACCUACAGCGAGUAGUAUAGAUGGUGCUGUUCAUUUCGUUAAUGCCAGCUCUCCUGACACGUCAUUCAAAGUAUGUUGCGUAAAUUUCUUACCAGUAAUGCUGUCAAUUUUCAUCAAGCUUUUAUUUACACUUGAACUACUCUCAUUUUAUUUGUUUUGUGAUGUUGACAUAAGUUAA